GACAGAAAAGAAAAACAUAACGCGCGUAAAAGCCGCAAAGAAUUGAAACAUCCGCCCAAGAACACCUUAAGCUGCCAGCACUUUGGUUUUCCUUCCCAGAGGAGAGAGAAAAACACUUUUAGAGAGAGAAAGGAAAUUUCGUAAACUUUCAGGAAUUUUUUCUAUUAGAAAAAAGGGUCGUGGAGAUUCUCCUCCUCCUCUGAUCCCUUCAUUCGAUCAAAUUUUCCUGUUUGUAAUUUGGUGUCACAGCUUCAUUCUCAAUUCCUCUGCUGUGAUUCCAAACAACAAACUUCUCUUUCUCUCUCUCUCUCUCUCAUCUGCAUUCUCCAUUCUCACUGCAGAAAUAGGAUAAUUGUAGGAACCCCUGAUCGAAAUUUUUGAUUUUUAACAAGAUUCUGAAUCGGGGUUGAAGCUUGCUUGAUUUGGGUUCUUAUGGGUUUUGUCAAGGUUAGAAACCAAUUUCGGUGACACACGUGUGGUGCUGCUGCAAUGAUUAGGAAUGGAAGUCAGCAAUUUGGGUCUCCUCCUUCUGGAGUUGGGGCCCAUGAUAUGAAACCGAGGAGGCUCUAUCAAGUUUGGAGAGGAGGCAAUAAGUUUCUCUGUGGUGGGAGACUGGUUUUUGGUCCUGAUGUAGCUUCCUUGUUCCUUACAUCGUUCCUAAUUGCUGCACCUGCGAUUACAUUUUGUGUCAAGAUGUAUCUUAAAGCCAAGAAUGAGAAUGCAAGUAGUGGUCAUGUUUUUUGGUGUCCCGUAGUGAUUGUCGGUCUAACUCUCACUAUUCUGGAUUUCCUAUUCCUCCUCUUGACUUCCGCGAGAGAUCCUGGAAUUAUUCCUAGAAACUCAACACCUCCAGAAUGCGACGAAACAUUUAAUAUACCUACUCCUUCCAUGGAGUGGAUUAAUGGUUCAACCCCUCAUUUGAAACUACCUCGAACUAAAGAUGUAAUGGUUAAUGGUUACACGGUGAAAGUGAAGUUUUGUGAUACAUGCUUGCUUUAUCGACCCCCUCGUACUUCUCAUUGUUCUAUAUGCAACAACUGUGUCCAGAGAUUUGAUCAUCAUUGUCCCUGGGUUGGCCAGUGCAUCGGAAGACGAAACUAUCGGCACUUCUUCAUGUUUAUUACAACAUCAACCUUUUUGUGCCUAUAUGUCUUUGUGUUCUCUUGGGUCAAUCUUUCCAAGACCAGGAACAAUGUUUGGGACGCAAUCUCACAUGAUUAUGUAUCGGAUUUUCUCAUUAUAUAUUGCUUCAUUGCUGUCUGGUUUGUCGGGGGCCUCACAGCUUUCCAUUUCUAUCUCAUUUGUACAAAUCAGACAACUUAUGAAAACUUCCGGUACCAAUAUGAUAAAAAGGGGAAUCCAUACAACAGGGGAUCAGUGAGAAAUAUUGGAGAAACACUCUGUUCCAGUAUUCCCGCUUCAAAGAAUAAUUUCCGAUCAUUUGUACAGCAAGAUGAACAUAUGACAACUGGUUCAUUGACUCCGAAUAUUGUGGACGAAAUUUUGACACCAAAGGAGAAACUUGAUGUUGAAAUGGGAUCAAUGCGUGCAGAUGAUGGUGGUUUUCCGAUUCCCGAACUUCUGCGGAAUUUUGAUUUUGAUAAUUUUGAGGAUGACCUGAAGUUUGGAGAUGAUGAGGAGCGACGAGCCUCGUAUGAUCCAUUCUACAGUGUCGAUGAAAACGUAAAGGACUCAGCUCGAACAUCUGUUGCCACAGUUUUGAAUUUCCACAGCAUCACAGUUGAAGAUGCAACUGAAGAGUCUCUUCAUAGCUGCAAUGCUGAUUUCGAAGUCAGAGAAUCUGCUAAAAGGCCCGUCACUGUUGAUGAAAUAAAUGCAACUAAAGAAACUGAUCACAGAAAUGACUCAUGUUAAACCAUAAUGCCGACUUUUGCUCUUUAAUGCAUAGAGGUCCUCUCUUUUGAUUGGUUGUUUACCUUGAGGCUUGAAGUGAUAUGGAGGACAGUUGGUUGCCUUCCAUUUUGGUUUGCAGCAAUCAUUGAUGCUGGAAAUGAGGGACUGACUUGCACUUCCUUUCUCAUUGUGGUAUAAAUAUUUGGCAAGUGUGUUUGUUGUAUAAUGUGUAAACUCCACUUGCAUUCAAAAUAAUGCAGACAGAUUUUUCUGGCUAAGUUUUAUGAUAGGUACUGUUCUAGGCGUCUGUCUCUUUCACUCAGUCUCUUGUUAAAUUCUAGAUUGAUUGAUUUUUUAUUUACUAAUAGAUGUUUAGAAUUUCUGUAA